CCAAUUUGUUAAUCUAUUUGAAGACAAAUUUUCCCAUUUCGAGAGUUAAUCAUCAUCAAGAGUUUUGUAUACACACAAUUACACCUAAUCCACAAUUAAUUACACAAACAUUGAGGAGAAAAGAAAUGCGAGAUAAAAUCGAUACCGAAAAAGGAAUCAUUCUAAUUAAUCAACUUGCCGAUAAUUAGGUGUUAAUAAGAUUCUCACUUCUCUUCACAUUUCGUUGCCUCACAUAUUAAUCAAUAAUCAACUCUAAUCCAACUGUCAAAAGUUAAACCGAACAACCAAUAAAUCGGUUAAUCUUAUCUAUUGGUUACUCUUUUAUUCACCAGGGACAAGAAUCAAAUUGUUCCAUUUGUUUAUGUAACAUGUAAACAAGAAAAUUAAUUUCUAUUGUGUGAACAAGAUUAAUUGAACAUUCAUUUUCUUGAUUCUCUUGUUUUGGAUGUUUAAUCUUUUAAAACAAUCAACUGAUCAUCUUCUUCCAGAACAACAACAACAAAUUCUUAAAAAGCUGAUUGACAAUCACCAUAAUCACAAUCUCCUUUUCUCUGCUAAUUGAAUCAUCAACAAUUACUAUGGAUUGGUCAAUAUAAGUGAAUCGGUUUCUUCAUUGAUUCUCAUUGAUUUUUUUCCUCUUCAUUUCCUUUUUCUCAUCUCAUCAUUAAUUCAACGAAAACAAAAACAGUUAAUUUGAACAAUUAAAUUAAUCAAUCUAUUGAGUGACAGAAAAAUGGCCAAUCAUCAACAAUCAUCAACUCCCACAAUCAACAUGAUUAACCCUCUCUACUUAAUUGUUGCGGUUAUUUGGUGUUUCUAUUUACUUCCAUCAUCAUCAAUCGCCUGUUCUUGUUUCUACUCUCAUCCUCAAGAGCAUUUCUGCACAUCGGACUUUGUUGUUACCCUUUUGAUUCAAGGUGAUCCCAAACGCUUAACUAAUGGUCAGUCUGAUGGUCAAACUGGUUACUUAAAAUAUCCAGUAAAAGUGAACAAAAUAUUCAAAGGAAUCGAUAAAACCGCAGUUCGAAAAGGAUUCAUAUACACAGGGACAGAAUUGUCUUCAUGUGCACCAACAUUUACGCCAAACGUUACAUAUCUAAUGACAGGUCGUAUAGUUGAUGGUAAACCUUUCGUUUCUCUUUGUAAUUUCAUCGCUCAAUGGUCUCAUCUGAAGGUUCGACAAAAGAAAGGAUUUCGUCGUAACUUUGCUCGAGCUUGUGGUUGCAAAGUGAUCGAUGCUGAGCCUUAUUCACCUUUCGGUUAUUACGAUGAAAGAAAUUCGGCUAAUCAUGGUUAUGGAUUAACUUUUGAUAAUAAUCGUCGUCGAUCUAGUAGCUGUCAGUGGGACACUAAAUGGGAAAUCGAGUUUGAUUGUCAAGCUGAUUACUCAACAUGCACACCAUUAUCAACGAUACCCGAUGUAAAGCCAGUUACAGGUUCGACUGUGAUUAAUAAUCCACCAGGACCUAAUGAUGUAACCUUCAAUAGUUAUAAUCCUUUUAAUCCUAAACCUAAUCCUAAUCAGACGAAGAGUCUUCAAAGAAAGCGUUCAAAAUUGGGUCAAAAAUGUCAAUGGGAUCCAAAUCCUGAUUACCUUAAUUGUUUGCAACGCAAAGCUGAGCAACGAAAAAAGUACCUUGAAAGUGAACCUUAAAUUAUGUUAAUCAUUGUUAAUAUGGAGUAAAAUCAUUUUUUUAAUCAACUUUCACGAA